AUGUCGACUCCAAAGAAACAGACGAAACAGCAGAAGAACAUUGAGAUUCAGCUACUACGUCAACACUUUGAAUCUCACAUCAAAAGUGGAACUAGCAAAAGUAAGGUCUUUCACAGAGCUCGUAUAUGUUCUCACAACUUGAUUUAUGCAUCUUGUAAUUUUAUAUAUUUAGGUAUCUUUUUAAAUUUUUUAAAAUAUAAAAUCAACUUACAUUAUUUAGCUUCGUCUGACAGUGAAAGUCGUACAAAGUCUUCAGAUAAACAACCCAGAUGCACUUCACCGGUAGAAGCAGUCAAAAGUAAAGGUAAUCUUUUCAAAAGUUAGUUCGAAACCGUUUCAACAAAAUUUCGUCGAACUUUGGCCUAAGCCUAAGCCUAAGCCACGUUUUUGUAGUAAUUUUGUAGAAAUGCAAUUUUAGCAAACCUUUAAAAUUGAACUGAUUUAUUUAAAGUUAAAAAAUGUUACCUAUUUUAAAGGAAUCGAUAUAAACUAUGAUUUUCAGAAGAUAACCCUAGAGCGAAAAAAUCCAAAUCAGUAUCACCUAAGCCAUUUUUUGCUGCCAAAUCACCAAACUUUAAGAAAUCGAAAGUCGUACGUGAAGAAGAUGCUCCAACUGAAUUCGUCCGCAUUAGCAACGCCAGACCAGCAAAGUGUGGCAACAAGAAGAAGAGUAACAAGCCCAAGAGCAAGAGGAAAGUGAAGACGGAAGGUGAUGAUGAGGAACAGAAACGGAAGAAGGAAGGGGACGAGGUCGAGAAGAAGAAAGAUCUGAUUCAAGAGAAGACCCAAAGAAAAGUCAGGCAAGAAGCUCAAAAAGGUCUCCAAGGGUCAAGCGUCAGAUGGCAGUCCGAUAACAGGAGCUGAAUCUGAUGUUGUCAACUCACCCAAAUCCGUAGAAUCGCCUAUUAUUGACGUGGACGAGGAGCCCGUUUCUCACGGUAAUGAAGAAGCAAUGCCUGAGCGUAAAGAUGUUCAAACCGAUUCGGAAAUUGUAGGUAUUAUUUAUCUAUUAUAUUAUUAUACGAUAUGUAUAAGCUGUAUUUUUAUAGGUUGUACAAAACCAACUUGGCCUUUCUGUUCUGCGGCAGAUGAGUGAAAAGAAAUGUUUCGAUGAUGCUUUGUCGCCUUCAGAAUGCGAGGAAUUGACCAAAUUCUUUGAAGGGCUCACGUCGUUCACACACAUUGUAAGUAUUACGAAGUUUUUUUAAAUAUAUGAUACAUUAUACGAAGUUUUUAUGCAAAGGAAUAUUGGUAACCCUCUGUCUAAAGGUACACGCUGCUUAAUACAAUUUAGAUCGUGGAAUUACUGGACAAAGGGAUCGAGCGAGCCAUCCAAAACUUUACGAUCAGAAAGACGGGCAUGAGCACUGACUUGGCUAGCUUCUUGAACAAUCGUGUGAAAGCAAAGAGCGUACUAGUCGAUACUCUGCUCACUCACCAAACUUUACUUCCCAAAGCAUGGGGAGGUGUCGAAGGUAACGACAAAAACUUUAAAAUUUUGGAUCCCGAACAGGCCAAAGAAGACGAACAGGACAUGGAGUCUGAAUCGCCAGAAGAAGCAGCUGAUCAUGCAAAACAACAUGGUAGGAAGCUGCUGACAUUUUUUGUAUUCAACGUUAGGAAUACUUUUAACAAUGCAACUGAUUUCAGACAAAAAAGGAAAGGAGGUACACGCUCAGGAUGUUGUGUCAGAAUCACUGGUGCCAGGUGAAGCCGCUGAACAUUUGAAACAAUCAGGUAAUGGCAUAUAAUGUUAUUCAUGUUAGUUCACAACAGAAAACUAAAAGUCCCUUUUUCAGAAACCAAAAAAGAAGCAAAUCAAACUGAGAAACAAACUGAUAAAGACGACCACAAAGAGCUUACUGCUCCAGAUGUUGCGUCAAGUUCAUUGGUACCAGGGGAGGCAAAUGAGCAUGAAAGAAGACCAGGUAUUCUUAUUUUGAAACUUUGAUCAAUAACUGCUUUAAAUUUAAACUUUGUUUUUCUCAUUGAUUCUAUACCUAUGCCUUUAGUCGCUUCCAUUUUAUUAGAAUUUUACUACUUAUAUUAUAUUCGAAAUGAUUUCAGAUCCGCCCAAAAAAGAAGCAAAACACGACUCUAACCUCUGUCCGGACGAACAAGACCUGUCGUUCCUACCUCCAUCCUACUCCAGAAAAUAA